AUUUGAUUGACAGGAGAUUAGCGUCUAUUCAACCAAUCGCCAUUUAGGAUUCUGUUUUGUGGGCGUUAUUUCCUGUACUGUUUUGCAUGUCAUUUUCUUGUCUUCUAAAUUGCUUGUGUAUAUGUUAGAAGGAAGACCGGAGUCGAGGCAGUAACGGAUUUAACGGACUUUUAUCCGGAGGGAACCCUAAUGAAAUGAUGCGGCGUUCCCGCGCAUGCAGUUCAAAUUUAUCCGCUGGUUUUUAAGCUUCUGUCAGCUGCUGUGGAUGAACCGGAGCCGGUGGCGGUCAGCUGGACAUGGCCAGCUCACACCUGGCUGAUCUGUCCCAGGCCUGGGAGAACUACAUGGACUGCCGUGCACAGGGCGCAGAUCUGCAGCCCCUCGCUGUCCAUUGAGCCCCUUACCAUCAUCUACAAUCUGAUGUUCAGAUAGUGGGACCCUGAUUCUCUGGUCAGUCUUCAGUGCUUGGAGAGUUUUCUGUGCACAUUUCACUGUGUGAAACACCUCAGUGACCCGAGAGGAAAGGAUGCGCUCAAAUUCUGCUCGGACAUGAGUGGGGCCAGUAACACCCUGGCACGGGAGUUCCUGACGGAUGUGCACCAGUUGUGUAGUGCGGUGGCCCAGCGGGCGGAGGAUGAGGAGGAAAGUCACAUGGUGGCUCUGGGAGAGUAUCUGGUGCGUGGACGCGGAUUCCUGCUCCUCAGCACCCUGGACUCUGUCAUUGACCAGGAGUUGACCUGUCGGGAAGAGCUGCUUACACUCUUGUUGUCUCUGCUACCUCUGGUCUGGAAGAUUCCCGUUCAGGAGGAGAAAGCCCCAGAUUUCACCCUGCCUUCACUACUGAAGGUGUUCCUAUGCCAAGAGGGAAGGAUCAUCCCUCAGAAGGCGGGGCAAGAUAGAUGUGAUGUGCAGAACUCUGGGAAGCGUUUAUCUGGCUCCUGGAAGUCACGCCGUUCACGCAGAACAGCUCAGCGAUACUCUGUAAGGGAUGCACGCAAAUCUCAGCUUUCCACGUCAGAUUCUGAAGCCAACUCGGAUGAUAAAACCGCAAACACUGGGAGCAAGCAUCGCAGAUUCCACAGUUCGGCCAUUCGUGUUAGUUGCCAGCUUCACCAAUCCAACAAUCCAUCACAACCAGCAUUGCAACAUCCCACUCCCGAUACCAUGAGCACCGUUGAGCCAUCCCAACCUCACAUGAGACUAUUUGGAUCUCACACACUGGAUCCUAACAUGCUAACAGACCCAACAACUCUCUCCAUCUUCAACCGAAUGGAGAACUCGCCUUUUGACCUUUGCCAUGUUCUGCUUUCCCUUCUGGAAAAGGUCUGCAAAUUUGACAUGACCAUCAAUCAUAACCCAGGCUUGGCAGUCAGUGUUGUUCCCACACUCACAGAGAUACUCACAGAGUUUGGUGACUGCUGUGGUCCCGGUGGUGGAGGUGGGAUUGAUGAGCUAGCUGGAGGCUGGACUGAGGAGCCAAUUGCACUUGUUCAAAGGAUGCUUUUACGCACCAUUCUGCACUUGAUGUUUGUAGAUGUGGGUCAGAAUGAGACACUGCCUGAUAAUCUGCGUCGAAGCUUGACUGACCUACUCAGAGCAACUUUAAAGAUUCGUACCUGUUUAGAAAGGCAAGCCGACCCUUUUGCUCCAAGGCCAAAGAAGACUCUGCAAGAGAUACAGGAAGAUUUUUCCUUUUCAAGGUUCCGUCAUCGGGCCUUGCUACUGCCAGAACUCUUGGAGGGUGUCCUACAGCUACUACUGGGCUGCUUGCAAGCCUCUGCUUCCAACCCUUUCUUUUUUAGUCAGUCUCUUGAAUUAGUUCAUGAAUUUGUGCAACACCGUGGCUUGGAGCUCUUUGAGGCAACAGCUCUGCGCCUUGAGGCCUUAGCAGAAGCUCGAGAUUCAGAAGUUGGCAAUGAGGCAUCAGAGCGCCUUCGUUGCCUGAUAGCCGAUGUACUUAAGAUAAUCAAUGCCGUCAAGAGGGCCAAGUCGGAGCAGCUACACCAAUCUGUUUGUGCACGUCGUCGACACCGUCGCUGCGAAUACUCCCACUUUUUGCACCAUCAUCGUGACCUCUCAGGACUGCCGGUUUCCGCUUUCAAGCAGGCAUCUCGACGUAAUCCUUUUGAGGAGGACUCCGAGGGUCAUGACGGAGAAGUGCGGUACCCUGAACGCUGUUGUUGCCUUGCGGCUUGCGCCCACCAGUGUUUGCGUCUUUUUCAACGCCUCUCACCCUCAGGUCCUGCCGUAUUGCAGGUGCUGGCAGGAGUGCAAGCUGUUGGCAUCUGUUGCUGCAUGGAUCCAAGGUCCGUAAUAGGACCCAUGCUCCAAGCAUUUCAGGCUCCAGGACUGCGGAGCUACCAAUCCCAUGUUUUGAGUGUCCUUAGUAGACUUGUCUUAGAACAGCUUGGUGGUGGUCAGCCCUCUGAAAAGGCCAAGCUUGCCUCCUGCAACAUCUGCACUUUGGAUAGCAGCCUGUUACCUGGGCUUGAUGAGACUCUACAGGGCUAUGGACCUAGGAAGGAAUUGAACUUAUCCACGUCCCCAUCUCCAUCUUAUCGUUUCCAAGGUAUCCUGCCCAGUGGAGGAGCUGAAGACAUGCUAUGGAAGUGGGAUGCUUUAGAGGCCUAUCAGGAGCUUGUGUUUGGGGAAGACCGGCAUUUAAGUCAACAGAUUGCCAGUCAUAUAUGCCAGCUGACUUUACGAGGCAAUGCAGUAGUGCAGUGGCAACUCUACACUCAUAUUUUUAACCCUGUGCUACAGCGAGGUGUGGAACUUAGCCAUCAUGCCCAGCAACUUGGUGUGUCAACUACUUGUAGCCAGGUCUGCAGCUACCAUUCCCAUUGCCUCCCAGUUGAGGUACUGCUGGUUUAUCUUCAGACUCUGCCUGCUCUGCUAAAGUCAAGCCGGGUGGUACGCGACUUGUUCCUGAGUUGUAAUGGGCUGAACCAGGUCACAGAGUUAAUCUACUUGGACUGCACUCGUCCGUGGGUGCUAAAAGUGUUCGAGACUCUUAUCUUGAAUGCGUGGCACCAUCACACAGAAUCUGCCGUGCAUGAGCUAGAAAGAGCAGAAGCUCAGGAGAGGGAAGCUGUCCUUGGACUUUUCGAGGAACUGAGUUCACGUGGGACUGGUGACGGCCCCCAGAGCCUCACUAAGUUUUACGAAGGCUUGAAAGAAGCAUGCCCUCACCCAAAGGGCAAAAGUGGAACAGGUGCAUUUUCUGCAGUAGGACAUAACCGGGGUGAGGCACAUUUGAACACGAUCAACCUUUUUCUGUGCGUUGCCUUCCUAUGCGUGAGCAAGGAGGCAGACUCCGACAGAGACUCUGCAAAUGACUCUGAAGACACUUCAGGAUAUGAUAGUACAGCUAGUGAACCAUUGGGUGGGCGCCUACCUUGCCUUUCCCCAGACAAUGUGGCUCUUCCCUCUAAAGAGCAGGUAAGGAGGGCUGCCGAUGUUUGGUCAGUAUGCCGUUGGGUGUACAUGGCCAGUCCAGUGUUCCAGAGGCAGUUCUUCAGACUAGGAGGUCUAGAUGUCUGUUCACGUCUGAUGACGAUGGUCAUCCAGAAACUCACAUCUAAAAACAAAGACUGCAAACUUAAGAAAAAGAGGGAGAGUAAAGGCAAAAGCAGUCCAUCUCAAGUAGACUCUCCCACUCAAGCUCUUACAGGGGAAUUUGACAAUAUACCGACAACUGCAGGUACAACGGAAAGUCAACAACAUGAACUAAGUGACACUCUCAGCCCCUCUCAGGUCGAAAGCAAGUUAAGUGACCCAACGCACAGGCUUGAAGAGGAAUGGCCUCUCCAGAGUAUCCGACUGCUGGAGGCUCUUUUGGCUAUCUGCCUCCACAGUGCCAAUUCAGCCCUACAGAGACUAGAACCAGACCUUUCCUUUCAGCUGCAGUCCGUGGAUGAGACCCUGUGUGAGGUCAGGGAUCUGCUCUCUCGAUCUGGAGUGGUGAAUUCUGAACUGGCAGUUCCUCUGUUUGAUUCCUUACUACGUGUGGCACUGGCUGAGAUGUUCUGCAGUCCAGAUGUCAUCGAGGAGAAACCUGACAAGAAGUCUCCGGUCAGCGGGGAGGCGGCACCUCCAGCAGGUGAUCUGUCUGAGGAGGUGGAUGAAGCUCAGGUGAGUGGCGUUCCACCCUUGGGAGAAGAGGAAGGCUAUGACGCAGACAGCGAAAGUAACCCUGAAGACUCCACCCGUCAGGAGGAAGGGAUAAAGGUGGAGGCUGGAGUCUCGUUGGGGGAAUGUACGUUGGGAAUGGCGGGAGUGCCUCAGGGCUCCGUCCGCGGCCGUCUGCUGUUUCCGGAGAUCUGCUUGAUGGAGCUGCAGCUGUUAGCCAGUGGCUCUCCAGACCUGGAGGUUUUGGGCCAUGUGUUGCAGAGCCUGUUAGGAGCCGUGAAAGGCCACCACAACAAUGCAGCGCUGCUCUACCAGCAGGGUGGUGUGAAAGCCAUUCUCACUGGAUUUCAGAACAUUCUCAGCCAAUCAGAUGCCUCCUAUAGAGAGUGCCAGACAAUACUGAUGGAGCUGCUCGUUGCCAUGGUGAGUGACAGUAUCACAGCGGAGGAACUCGCCCUUUUGACCCGCCUCUUCCUGGAGAAGACUCCGCCCACUGAGAUCUUGCUGAGAGGCGUGCUCCAGAUUGUGGAGGCUAACUCGGACACAGAGCCCCUCUACUUCAUGUCCUUUCCCAUGAUCCCUGGCACAGGGGUUCCUGGCUUGAGCCCCUCCCCUGGGACGAGGCCUCAUGGGGCGGUUGUGGGUAAGGGUGGAGUAAACUCUCUUUUGAGGGGUAAAUUACCCCUAGGCCGUGCUGAAGCAGACAUGAGCAGGCCUGGUCAUCUGCGCUCUUCUCCCUGGCACACUGCACCCUUCCACCUGCCCUUAGUGGGACAGAACUGCUGGCCUCACAUGGCCAGUGGCUUCAGCGCCUCGCUGUGGGUACGAGCGGGGAAGGAUGAGGACGGCCUUUCGAAGAAGGAAGAGGAGGUGUCUCUGGCAGAGUCCCUACAUGGUCCCGCACAUGUCACGGACCAGCAGGCAGACAGAUGCCUCCUCCAUGUGCUCUCCAUGGGCUCUAAGGCACUGAUGCUUCAGGUGUGGGUGAACAUCUCCACCGGAUCCUUUACCUUCAGGACCUGCAUUGAUCCCAACGAUGAGAUGAAGGCGGGUCUGCUCGCCCAGGCGGAGUCUGGAGACGGCGUGCUGACGGCAGGCAGGUGGCAGCACUUGGCUUUCACGUACACGCAGCAGCCCGAGGGCAAGAAGAGCGUUCACGGUCAGCUGACCCUCUGGGUGUGCGGCAUUAGGAAGUGUGACGUCUCGCUAGAUUUCACUCUGCCCAGAAAGUCCAGUUUGUCAUCGGACAGUAAUAAGACCUACUGUAUGCUUGGACACUGUCAGCACCCCUCAGAGGAGCAGUCCAGUCCAAGUGCACGCUGGGAUAUGGGCACGCUGAUGCUCUUUAAUGGCUCCAGAAUUGACACUGCGGAGGCUUUUUACCUGUAUGCCAGCGGUCCUGACCUCACCUCCAUCAUGCCCUGCAAGUACGGCAAGCCCCAAGAGACACUGUCCAAGUACGUGACACAGGAGGGUCUUCAGUGUGAGCAGAUACGGGAACUCCUCAUGAGGAAUACAGAUGUUGACAUCACACCUCUUAUUGAAAGUUUAGCUGUAGUGUAUGCCCCCAGCACGCCAUCUCUGUACACCAUAUAUGAGCCAGUGAUCCGUCUGAAGGGCCAGGCCAAGUCAGCGGUGGUUUCCCAGCGGCCCUUCAGUGCCAAAGAGGUCCAGAGUUCCAUCCUGGAGCCUCCUUUUCUCAAGACCAUGAUGCCCUGCAAAGCUCUCGGCCUACACAGCGCCCUGCACAAGAUCGGUGGCACUGGCUCUUUUGUCUUCCUGUUUGCACGGGUGGUGGAGUUGAGCGACUGUGAGAAAACACAAGCUCUGGCGCUGCAGCUUCUUCUGUCUCUGGUGAAAAACAAUCAGCAUCGCACCCAUGAGAUGGAGUGUUACCACGGUUAUUCCAUGAUUCACCAGGUUCUCAUCAAGCCCAAGUGCAUUGUGGGAUACCACAUUCUGAAGACAUUGUUGGACGGCUGCUGUAGCGGGUCAAUCCUGACGAUUGGAGAAGACGGCCAGUUUCAUCUGGAUGCUGAAUCCACUGUGGUGGUGCAAGAUCUCAGACUGCUUUCUGAAAUACUGCUGGACUGGAAGAUAUGGGCCAAAGCUCAGUGUGGCGUGUGGGAGACGUUGCUGACCGCUUUAGAGAUCCUCAUCAGAGUGCGUCAUCCUCAGCAGAUGUUCAACAUUCGACAGCUUCUGAAGGCCCAGGUGGUUCAUCGCUUCCUGCUCGCCUGCCAGGUGCUUCAGGAGCAUCGGGAUGAGUACCUGACCUCCAUCCCACAGGAGGUCUGCCUAUCGUUUGUCAAAAUCAUCCAGGAGGUUUUGGGGUCGCCUCCAGACCUGGACCUGCUGCGGCUGGUUUAUAAUUUCCUGUUGGCUGUUCACCCCCCCACCAACACUUACGUGUGCCACACGCCCACCAGCUUCUACUUCUCUCUGCAUAUCGAUGGUAAGCUGUACCAGGAGAAGGUUCAGUCCAUGAUGUACCUGCGACACUCCAGCAGUGGAGGGAAAUCGGCCUGCAGCUCUGUGGUUUCACUCUCUCCCUCUGUCUUCACCGAAAUGCCCGCUGAUGUACGCCACACUUCCUCUCCUGAGCAUGGAGAUGAAGAUCUGGCUCUGCGUCCUCCUAGCACAGGUCCCUCUCCACACUCUUCUCCAGCCCUGACACCCCGUCUGACUCAUGGGAGCAUGACCGGGAGCACAGAGCCUGAAGAAGGCACAUCCCUAAGUACCCAGCAGGCCCUGGGCAGCACAGAGACCCUGAAGCGGGGUGGAGACGAGCAGCUUCUCAGCAGCUGCGAGUCAGCAAAGACCAUUUGCGAUUCUCAGAUUGUAGGUGUUGAUGAGGAGGGCAGCAUCGUGGGAAACCGCACGCCCUCCAUCAGUGUAGAGGAGGAGCACGACGGGCCACCAGGCAGCCCAUUGGAGUCAGAGGACCAUUUCGAUUGGACCAGUGAGGAAGCGCCACGCCGACCUGACAGCCUGAAGGGAAUCCAGUCCUUCCAGAGGAGCCACAGUAACCUGGCCAGUCUGGGUUUGGCUUUUCCUGCACAGAACGGCUCUCUGACUAUCGCACGCUGGCCCACUGUGACUGACCGUGCCGCCCCACCGGACGACUGGGAAAGCUACACAUACUCACCCGGUUAUGACAGACACAGCAAGGCGGAUUCCAGUAAUGACAGGUCCAGUGCAGAAGACUGUCUGGUUCUGAUCUGCUGCGGUCUGUAUGAUCUACUGAGAGGGGUUCUGCUUCUGCUGCCGGACAUCCUGUUGGAGGAGGUGAUGGACAAACUGAUCCAGCCGGAGGCUCUUCUCGUCCUGGUCAACCACUCUUCUCCUCUCAUACAGCAGGGCGUCAUGAAGCUCCUGGACGCCUACUUCAGCCGCGCUCAGAAAGACCAGAAGGAGAAGUUCCUGAAGAAUCAUGGAUUCUCACUGCUGGCCAAUCAGCUGUUCCUGCACCAGGGUUCACAGGGCCUGCUGGAGUGUUUCCUGGAAAUGCUGUUUGGACGGCCGGUGGGGCUUGAGGAAGAUCUGGAUCUGGAGGAUAUGGAGAACAUCUCCCCGUUCAGGAAGCGUUGUAUCAUCCCUGUGCUGGGUCUGCUGGAGAACUCUCUGUAUGAGAACUCGCUGGUGCACAACGGCCUGUGUCUGCUGCUGCAGCUGCUCAACGCCUGCCCAAAGCUGGCCGACAUCCUCCUGGACCACGGCUUACUCUACGUGCUCUUCAACACGCUGUCCACCCUCAACGGCCUGGAGAACGGGAUUCCUCCGAAUGACUACAAACUGGUGGUGUGUGACAUUCAGCAGCUGUUGGUGGCCGUCACCAUCCACUCCUGCAGCUCCUCGGGGUCUCAGUACUUCCGCAUCAUCGAAGACCUGAUCACCCUGUUGGGCUACAUGCAAACCAGCAAAGUUCGGCGCACACAGGAAAUGGCCCUGGCCCUGCAGUUCCGCGUGAUCCAGGCAGCCAUUGAUUUCAUAAAGACCACGGCCAAUCAGGACACUCAGAAAUCCAGCAGCUAUGUGCACGUCCCCACCUCGCCACAUCACGCUCUACAGCAGAAACGCAAAAGCAUCGCAGGUUCAAUGGGGCUGAAAGACUCCAUAAUUCCCCGUAUUCCCCGGCAGCACUACUGCUCAUACGGCCUGAUUCCUCUACCCUCCCCGUUCAGCUUCCUGUCCCAGGAUUCCCCCCUCCCUUCCCCUACCGGAGCAAACUCCUACAUGUUCCCCUCAGAUGCAGGUCGGAGGCGGUUCACGCUGGCCCAGUCUGACUCGUUGCUGACGCGAAUGCGCUCCGUAGCCAGUGAUGAACUUACCCAGAUGAUGCAGCGCAGGAUGAGUCAAGAAAACCCCAUCAGAGCCAGCGAGACGGAGCUGGUCCAGCGACUACAGAGACUCGUGGUUCUGGCCGUUAACAGACUCAUCUAUCAAGACAUCAACCAUGAUUUCUUUGACCUCCUGAACUUCCCUGAGUCUCCUGAUCACUCGAUGUCCAUGCCGUUAUCUGGUGAACAGACGUCCGAGGAGAACGGCUCCACGCCUUCCACCCCGCUCCCGCCGGGCAACAUGAAGAGCUUCAGCAAAGACAUUCUCAAACUAAUGAUGGAGGGCAUAAAGAUCAGCUUGGGCAGCACCGGUCGUGGCGGCGCCCCUCGCCAGCAGUGGAGGCGAAUCCUCUGGUCCUGUCGUGACACGUUCAGGGUUCAGAUCGGCCGCAUGCUGGUGCACACGCUCAGCUCCGCGGUUCCUCUGGAGGACAGGAGGGAGGCGCUAGAGUUUGUCCACGAGCAGAGCUACUCUGAGAUCCUCAGAGAAAGCCUCAGUCCCGGCCUCGAGCACGGGCCCAAGCUGGCUCUGUAUCUGUAUGAGCUGUUACACGAUCACAAAGACGCCCUGAGCAAAGAAGAGCAGGCGGCUGCCAACACCUUCAUGACAGCGCUGAAACUCUGUGGCCACCGAUGCAUCCCACCGAGCGCUCCAGCCAAACCAGAUCUCCUGAAGGCCAUCAAAGAGGAGCAAAUUAAAUAUGAGUCAGAGGCAAGAACCAGCAAAGGAGCCUGGGAAAAAAAGCUGGCCAACACGCAGAGGAGCUUGUUGCAGAGGCUGGAUGGGAAGUCGAAGGACAUCUCGAAGAUCGCCGCUGACAUCACUCAGAAUGUGUCUCUCAGGCAGGGAAUGGAGCGGAAGAAGGUCAUGCAGCACAUCAGAGGCCUUUACAAGACCGACCUGAGCGCCAGCCGCCACUGGCAGGAGCUCGUGCAGCAGCUCACUCACGACCGGGCGGUGUGGUACGAUCAGUCAUCUUACCCCACUUCCUGGCAGCUGGAUCCCACCGAGGGACCCAACCGAGAGCGGAGACGCCUCCAGCGCUGCUACCUGACCAUCCCUAACAAAUAUCUGCUCAAAGACCGUCGCAAGCUAGAUGAUGCUGUCAAGGCUCCACUAGCCUUCCUGUUUGAGGACAAGGCUUACUCUUCUUCUUCCAUAGUGAAGGACAAAGCCACCAGUGAGCCCAUCAGGUUCACGAGAAGGUGCAUAAGCGUGGCGCCCUCUAGAGAGACGGCAGGAGAGCUAUUGCUGGGAAAAUCUGGGAUGUACUUUGUGGAGGAUAAUGUUGCUGAGACGCUUGAUAACCAAAGUCCUCAUGGAGAGACGGAACCGGCCUCCUUCUCCUGGACGUAUGAGGAGAUAAAGGAGGUUCACAAGCGCUGGUGGCAGCUCAGAGAUAAUGCUAUGGAGAUCUUCCUCACCAACGGCAGGACGCUGCUGUUGGCGUUUGAUACCACCAAGUUCCGUGAUGACGUGUACCACAACAUCCUGACAUCAGAGCUGCCCAACCUGCUGGAGUACGGCAACAUUACCGCCCUCACGCAUCUGUGGAGCUCAGGACAGAUAACCAACUUUGAGUACCUCACCCAUCUCAACAAGCACGCGGGCCGCUCCUUCAAUGAUCUCAUGCAGUAUCCCGUCUUCCCCUUCAUCCUGAGAGACUACAUCAGUGAGACUCUGGACCUGCAAGAGGCAUCCAUUUACAGGAACCUCAGCAAACCCAUUGCAGUGCAGUCUAAAGAGAAGGAGGACCGUUAUGUGGACAAUUACAGGUAUCUGGAAGAGGAGUUUAAGAAGGGCAAGAGAGAGGAUGACCCCAUGCCACCUGUCCAGCCUUAUCACUACGGCUCUCACUACUCCAACAGCGGCACUGUCCUUCACUUCCUUGUCAGGCUGCCUCCCUUCACCAAGAUGUUUCUGGCCUAUCAAGACCAGAGCUUUGAUAUUCCUGACCGAACGUUCCACUCCAUGAACACCACGUGGCGUCUGUCGUCCUACGAGUCCAUGACGGAUGUCAAAGAGCUCAUCCCAGAGUUCUUCUACCUGCCUGAGUUUCUGGUCAACAGAGAAGGUUUUGACUUUGGCGUGCGGCAGAACAGCGAGCGGGUGAACCACGUGAAUCUGCCGCCCUGGGCCAGGAAUGACCCGCGACUCUUCAUCCUCAUCCACAGACAGGCUCUGGAAUCGGAUCAAGUCUCCCAGACGCUCUGCCAGUGGAUUGACCUGGUGUUUGGGCUCAAGCAAAAGGGCAAAGCUGCAGUCCAGGCCAUCAAUGUCUUUCAUCCUGCAACUUAUUUUGGCAUGGACGUAUCUGCUGUUGAAGACCCGGUGCAGCGUCGGGCUCUAGAAACUAUGAUCAAGACGUACGGCCAAACUCCCAGACAGCUGUUCAACGCCUCCCACAUCAGCCGAGCCGGAACCAAACUCCUAUCAGAGGCAGAACUGCCCGCGGCCAUGGGCCUCCUGGUGCAGCUAGCCUUCAGAGAGAGCCGGGAACAGCCCAAAGAAACCACCUACCCGAGUCCUCUGCCGUGGAUAAAGGGCUUGAAAUGGGGCGAGUAUGUGGGUUCCCCCAGUGCUCCGGACCCCGUGGUUUGUUUCAGCCAACCUCACGGCGAACGCUUCGGAUCCCUGCUGGCGCUGCCCACACGUGCCAUCUGCGGCCUCUCCCGCAAGUUCUGCCUCAUGAUGAUCUACAGCAAGGAGCAAGGUGUAAGGAGCAUGCACAGCACGGACAUACAGUGGUCAGCUAUACUGAGCUGGGGUUACACCGACAACAUGCUGCGUCUGAAGAGCAAACAGAGCGAGCCGCCCAUCAACUUCAUCCAGUGCUCACCGCUGCACCAGGUGACUAGUUGUGCCUGGGUGCCGGACAGUUGUCAGCUGUUUACAGGCAGUAAGUGUGGAGUCAUAACCGCCUACAGCAACCGCUUCACCACCACGAUGCCCACAGAGAUGGAGGUGGAGUCUCAGGUUCACCUGUACGGCCACACGGCAGAGGUCACGGGCCUGUUCGUCUGUAAACCCUACAGCAUCCUCAUCAGUGUUAGUCGAGACGGUACCUGCAUCCUGUGGGACCUCAACAGGUUGUGUUACGUCCAGAGUCUCACAGGUCAUAAGAGUCCAGUGAACGCAGUGUCAGCCAGUGAGACGACAGGAGAUAUAGCCACAGUCUGUGAUUCAGUGGGUGGAGGAAGUGAUUUAAGGCUGUGGACGAUUAAUGGAGAUUUGAUCGGUCAUGUUCAUUGUCGAGAGAUCAUCUGCUCGGUGGCGUUCUCCAAUCAGCCGGAGGGAGUGUCGGUCAACGUGAUCGCUGGCGGUCUGGAGAACGGUGUGGUCAGGUUGUGGAGCACAUGGGACCUGAAGCCAGUCAGAGAGAUCACCUUCCCAAAAUCCAACAGGCCUAUCAUAAGCCUCACAUUCUCGUGUGACGGACACCACCUGUACACGGCCAACAGCGAGGGCACUGUGAUCGCGUGGUGUCGACGAGACCAGCAGCGCAUGAAGCUGCCCAUGUUUUACUCUUUUCUCAGCAGCUAUGCUGCAGGCUGACUCCCGCGCUGACGCGGCCUCGUUACCCGCACAGAACGGACGCUGUGAGCGACCCCGCUGACCCAGGAAGAGGAGGAGCCAGCAUGCACAAAGCCCCGCCCAUGACCAUCACAGUAUCCGCCCCCUGAUACGUCACGGGAAUGCACGGCACUUUAUGCUGUGCUACAAGCUACUGUAUCAUAAAGAACGGAUGUCGCGUGCAGAUCUCGGGGGUCGUGAGGCAGAGCGAACGCAGGCCUUUUCCCCCUGUCAUUUCUUUUCGUUAUCUUUGUUUGUUUUGUGUUUCAUUCGACUGAUUUGUUUGUGAUUUCGUGAUGUUUGAUUUUGAAAGCUGCUACAGUCUGGUCCACCCAGACCAAACAUUUGAAGGCCUGUUUCUCUUUCCUUCAUUAUGUCCCUUGUCUCGCCCACCCGCCGCUGUCCUGAGAAUAGAAAUCAGACUGAAAUAAUCCAAACACUACCGUCUGCAUUCGUAAUUCACGCAGGAUGUUUUCGCAGGCAUGCUCGCGUGUCGGACUCUCGCAUGAGUGACAUGCGGCGGCAGAUUGAAUGUGUGCACGCAAUGCCUUGUUAAACUUCUCAUUGAUAUAUUUAUUCUCAAACAAGGAUGAAAGCCACAUCUAAACGUCCGUUUCUUGUUCUUCAUUAUAAGAUGUAGUGAAUGUCGAAGGUGGUCGUGCAUCAAAACCUUGCAAAUAUUUAUUGUUUUUAUUCCACCAACUCAACCCAAACAGCCCAGAUGCCAGUGAAUAAGCGCAUCAAAUUCAUAUUAAUUCAUUAAAAACAUGCUUUCCUUCUGUUCUAUACAGUUCAGUUGUGUGACAAAUUAGAUGUUUUGCAUGUUGUGAUCGCUCAAGCAUUAUCUAACAUCAGAGAAACAAUUGAAAGUUUAGUCAAAUUUACCUUUAGGACCAUUCUGACUAAUUUAUGGGUGAUUUUUUACAAUUUGAAAUGUUUUUGGUUGCAAUAAAAACAUCCUGAUUACUGUACAAAUGCAAAGCUAUUUCCCUGAAAAAUUACAAUCUCCCGUACAUACAUUCACAAUCUCACAGGAAUCUCAUGCUCUUGAAGUCUUAAGCGUCGGCCAGCCUUAAAUGUGGAGGAAACGAGCGUUCGUUAUAUAAACAUGAUCCAGAGUGUUGUUUGCCUUUAUGUGUUUGUUAUUUUCUCCUUUGUACGAGUCUUACAUUGCAACUAAUUUAAUUAGCUUGUCUUACAUUUUAGUGUUUACCAGAAAGGGAAUGCUUUCACCUUUUCCCCCACUACAGCUUUGUUUUGCAUUAUUUUCAGAAGCAUCAAACACGUGUAUCGCAAAGUUUGAAUGAAGUUAUUCACCGUCAAUGCAAAUCCAGAGAACGCCAGCACUUCAAUGGAAGGUGUUUCGUCAACUAGUUAGGGAGAAUCAUCUGGUGUUUACAGAGCCCUCCUAAGUUAUGUGGUUGUUUUAUGUUUUUUUGAAUGUUCUCCAUGCUUGCAUUACAUAUGUAUAUCUCUUAAUUAUUGUGCACAGUAUUGUCAUGUUUGCAGUUCCCUCAGAAAGAGAUUGAUGUUAGUGUCGUUGUGUGAGUUUGUAAAGCAAGACGUGUGGAUUUGUAUCACGAAAAGGCUUAUUGUUGAAUUAACAGUGGUUUAUGUAAUUUAAGAUUGAUAUGUUCACCAAGGCCUGGCUGGGACAUUUCUAAAAUUUUUUGUAUUUAUGAAAUAUAUAAUAAAAUGUCACCUAUAUAAUAUAAAUAUAAA